UAUCCCGACGGAACGCGGAUCCGUGGCCAGUGUCAGUGUGCCCAUUCUCCAUACGGACGCCGCCGCCUUAGGUCUGCCCGUUCGCUGCCGCUGCCGCUGCCGCCGCCGCCGCCGUCGUCUCGCCAUUCAUCGACGCUCUGCGCGUGCGUCCCGGCGGUUCCGUACGACUUUAGGGACGUUCUCAGACCGGAGUCCAGUGGUCGUACACGCUCGCUCGAUCUCCUCCAUCGUUGUCGCCCUCGUAUAAUUCGUUCACUCGACGGGGGCGGUUUUCAGUACGUCCCGUCGUCGUGUUCGCUGACGACAGUGGCAACUACCCCCCCCCCCUUCUCACCGCGAUCGAUCAUCGCUAUCAUCUGUUUACCCUUACUCGUUACCUGAACGACACCACGAGAGCGAGUGGACUACUUGUUCUUGAUUUGAAAAAUUCAUAUUGCUUGUUGCUGACGGUACGCGUCUACAAGAAAUCUUUAAUUAUCUCUACAAGUCAUGGAUGAAGAUAUGGACUGCCCACACAUUGUCGACGCAGCCGAAAAGCUGAAGUUGGAUGUGGAACAGAUUAGAGCUACACUCAACAACAGGAGUUGCAAUGUUUGCUUACGAGUAGAUCAACUAUGGAUGUGUAUGGAGUGUCGACAAAUUCUUUGUGGACAUAAUGCCGCAGGACACAGUACUGCACAUUAUGAGUUCCACCAAACUCAUUGCAUAUUUAUAAAUGUAGAAUCUGCAGCUAUAUUCUGUUUCAAGUGUAAUUCUGAUAUAGAACCAAAAAACCACGAUGAUGAAUUGAACCGUCUUCGACAAUUUAUUUUGUAUAAUCGUGGACCUAGUGCAAAUAAUAGUGGACCAAGUGCAAAUAAUACUAACAAAAAGAGAAGACGAAGAAAAGCACCUAAAGCUGCUAAACCAAAAAAAAAUAGUCUUAAACGAGGUCCUAGAGCUAAUAAAAAAGUCUGUAUACCUAAUAAUGAAAAUGACUGUUUCAUGAAUACAGUUUCCCAAGCUCUUAGUGAACAAGAACCUCAAACUGUUAUACCAAACACAGUUAACAAUUCAAAAAAACCACUUAAAGCUGUUGUACCAAAAAAAGCACUCAAAGCUAAACCUAAAAAACCAUUCUUUAAGAGAGGUCCUAGAACUAAUAAAAAAGUUGGUAUAUCUAAUAGUGGAAACAAUUGCUUUAUGAACGCAGUUUGGCAAUCGCUUCGCCAUCUAAAACCAUUUAUAUACUGUAUGAAAUUGUUUAAACUUGCUGAAAUAUGCCAUCAAAAUAACAAUAAUAGUUCAGAUCCAAGGUUGCAACAUUGUAUAGCACAAGAAUUAUGGAAAUUAUUGAUGACAUUAGUUGAAUGGCAAAAACCGGCAGGCUAUAAAUUUAGAGAAGCAAUUUCACCAACAGCUCUUCUCUCUAUUGUCUGCAAAAUUAAACCUCGCUACAAAGGAUUUCAUCAACAUGAUGCUCAUGAAUUUUUGAUGUUUACAUUGGAUACUUUACAUUCCGAGCUGAAAGAUGAAAAAAGUAAAUUGUUGUUAGAGGAGGGAAUAACAAAUGAAAAUCCUAAUAAAAUUGAUACACUUGUGUCCAUGAUGUUUCGUGGGUUUUUAUUAAGUGAGGUGUGCUGUUUAAAUUGUAAUACACCUUCCAGAACAAGAGAUCCAAUCACAGAUAUUUCACUAGAUGUUCCAGAUUACAAAAAUGCUGACCCAUCUGUAUCUCGACCGGUUGAUCUUUUAACUGAUUGUUUGGCACGUUAUUUUGAAAUAGAAGAACUAAAUGAAAAAAACUUUUACUACUGUGACAAGUGUGAAAGCCAACAAAGAUCCACUAAAAGAUUUUGGAUUAACGCUUUGCCUAAUGUGUUUUGUCUCCAUCUUAAACGGUUUAGAUGGGAAGAAACUUAUCGUACUAAAGUCCAUACACAUAUUAAAUUUCCUAUGGAAUCAUUAGAUAUGUCUCAAUAUUUGGAUAAUGAAAUGAAAAAAGUAUUAGUUAAUGAAAGUUCAUACUUGUUUGAUUUAGUUGCAGUUGUUGUACAUGAUGGAGAAGGAGGAGGAUCUGGGCAUUAUACUUCUUAUGCUUUAGAUGAAAAAGAAGAUCAAUGGUAUGAAUAUAAUGAUGAAAAAGUACACGAAGUUGAUGCAUCUUUGGUAGAAAAUGUGCAAGCUUAUAUGCUAUUUUACAUUAAAAGGGAAAUGAGAAUUAACUUUACUGAGAAAUAACUUAAUUGGACCACUACUUGAAUGAUUAAUUGAUCAGCUGCAAUUUGAGUAUCAACAUUUUAUUCAUCCUAAUUAUAAUAUCCUUUGAUGGUAUAUAAAAGAAUAUCUAUUUAAAAAUAAUUUAAACAGUAUUCUUAUUAUUGUAUGUGUUUUUAUGCUUAAAAUGUCAGCGCUACGUGAAUAUUUACUUUCUUAUUAUUAUUUUUUUUCUAAUAAUAAGGUUUUUUUUAUAUACAAUUAGUGCUUUAAAUUAUAUAUAUAUUAACUGAGUUUUUGGC